AUGGCUUUGGAAGAUCAUGUGAUGUGUCAUUCACCGAUGCGUCGAACGACCUGAGGGAAAUUGUAUAGUUGUUUGGUGCAGAACACUCAAUUUGGGGUAUUAUACUCUCAUUGGAUUCUUGCUCAUGUCCCGGGCGUGAAUGCCAAUGAGGAUGAUUGGUCCUUGCCAAUAUGCGUUGCUCUUGCCCAUCGACGCCUGUCCACUUGCAAAACAGACAACAACAAUCACUCCAACGACUGUUCACAUCGACCGCAACUAUUCCUUCCUCUGCUCGAUCGUUCUCUUCCAUUGUUCAAGCCAGACUUUGUUUUGGUAUAUUCCUUCGUUUGUUGGGGUUGCCCUUGGAAACAUCGCUCAGCAAUAUACUCUACUUCGAUUAAACACCUCGAGCAAACCCCUCCUUUCCACUAAUCCCGGCACCAAUGACCGAACUCUGAUGAUCAGGAGAUAUGGCGACGAAAGCAUUGUGUUGUACUGCAGAAGACGAACGAUCGGACUCCCCUGUCCUCCCAAAUGCUCGGGUACACGAGGCUACUCCUGCUCGACUUCCUCUUCUUCAUGAUGCUUCGCCAUCUGUAGCAUCCAACCACACGAGCACGCAAUCGGAAGACGUUCACGAGCUGCGUUUCAUUUUCAACAACGCCCAAAAUGAGGGUGUACAUCGCACACCCCCGGCCAACAUUCACCGCACGCGAUUCGGGCGAUCUUCCAUUCACAGUCUACCCAGUUUGCACAAGAUCAAAAGCGUGCAUGCUCUCAUCAAACGAAAGCUGUCGAAAGACUUGUCGAAACUAAAUCUGGCUGGACCCUCGCAGGGUCGUGCAUCGGGAAAGGAGACAGACAAAGCACCGGACACUGUUCUCAGAAAACCUCAUGAUGGUCCUAACCUGCAGCUCAAGAUCACCAAGGAAGAUCUACGCAGGAAUCUUCUCACUGACAAAGGACGUUCAGAGGGCGGAUAUGAUUCGGAUGCCGAAGUGUUGGAGGGCAUAGCCAGGAGGAUUGGUAGGCCGGUUUCCAAGAGGACGAGCCUCCAUAGUAUCGAUUGGGCAUCCAAGACAUCGACAAAUGCACUUUGGAACCAGUACUGUAGCUCUCCGAAUCUCCGAAUUCCUGAUUCGAGGGAUAAAGAUCGUAGCCUUCGAAGAUCCCACUCAUUCAGCUCGAUCGAGAGAGCAAGUUCCUCGCAGCUACAAGACCUCCUACCGCGGAUGUCGUUCAGAGAUUCUGAUACCAUGCCGUGGUCUGCCGCCACUCUAUGGAGUCUCCAGUUGUCUAGUCAAGCACCCCAUCUGGAUUCCGGUGUUGAGACUACCAAAAUCAUUGAUGACGUUCCUUCUACGCAAAACGAUGAACCAAUAAAACAAACCAUCAGUCCUCCAUUGACAAUAAAGUCAAACAGCGGACAGUCAGUCAUACGUAGUGCAGAGAGUACCGCCUUACCCAAUCCUUUGGACUCCAAUGAUUGCGUCCAUCAGCCUGUUGGGUUGAGAGCCAACGUUUGCUUGUCCAAUGAAGAUGAGAAUCCACGUCACUCAGUCCAUCUAUACAGUAUGCGAAUCUCUCACCACUUACGUUCAGGUGAACGUUCAAAUCAUCAUCGGCAUACUUCUAGCUCUGGAUUCGGGAGUGCGCAAGUCCCAAGCAAAUGGGGCAAAGUGAUAUCUCCUGGCCAAGAACCAGAAGACAUAUCGUCGAUAUAUUCGAGCAGGCCUCACAGUCCUCCAGCCAGCGUCGAGGAUUCCACAGCAAAUCUCUCAACUCCUGUCACACAAUGCGAUACGUCCCAGGAAACCACAUCGAGCAUCCAAGAAGAGAGCAAACGAGGAAGCAUUCAUGGGAGCACCGAAGCGACACCUCGACCUGCCCAGUUCAGCAGCAUUGCAACGCUAAAGGCUGAUAUUCAGAGUUUUGAUAGAUUGUCUGUUGAUGAUCAGCCGGCUCUUGCUCGCAAUAACAGCGUAGCCGACACGAAAAGAUCAAAGUUCCGCGAAGAUUUCAGUCCGUCCCCUCCGCGGAAGAGAUCUACAGCAGCGCUCUCUAUUCUGAAGAUACUCAAGCCGAAGAGUGGGGAGCGCAGCCAAAGUGACACAAAUCUCAAGUUGAGAUGUGAGGGUCAGGUAGACGGAUCUUUUGACCCUGUUGAUGACGGAGAAAGAAAAGAGCAGCUGUCUCAAUCUGCAAUCAGUCUAGAAAAGGAGAUGGAUGUUUUAAAGCUCAACCCUGACUCUGACCCUGUCUGGGAACACGCUCUCAAAGCUUUCCACGAUGAGCGACGGUCCAUGUUUCUACCCCAGAACAAUCAACUAUCCGUUGAAAGGCCUCUCUAUCGGAAGAGAAGCUCUAGCGUUUCCCGCCGCCGGUCCAUGGCCUCUCCUAAUGAUGCAUUGCGUAUUGCCUUCGACAGACAAAAGGACGACGCGGCUACUGUUGGUGCCUGGGGACUUUAUCCUAGCCAUACUCGUCCCGCUCGUACAGGAAGUGCUGGUCAUCAGGACCGAGUGAUGACGAGAGAUUUUGCGCUUGAAACGGCCAUAAAGUUCGCUCAAGGUGAUUUAGAGGACGACAUUGAUCCGACAGCCACUCCAGAAAUAUCCCAAAAUGGCAGUGCAAAAAGGAAAAAGAAGAGGGUUGGCCAUGCUCGCAUGGCAAAGAGUCAUUCCAUGACAUUCGGGAAGCAGUUCAUCAAAAAUUACACCAGGAUGUUCAGGAGCCAGAGUACAGAGUUCCGACAGCAUGGUCACGGCCACCGUAGCUCGAUAACCACGGGGGGUAUGUUAGAAUAUCCGGAGCUUGAAGUGUUGCCAGAUGUAUGGAGAAGAGGAGUAUCGGAACACACGCGCCUUCGCCAGCUCAGCAGAAUACAGGGAAGUUCCCGAGAAGAACAACCCUUUCUCAGCCCUGAAAACAAUGCUCCAGCUGAAGCUGCCACUCAACCGCAAGAGUCCAAGGCAAAACUCAAUUCUUUCGAAGGAAGCAACAACGCAAUUUUUGAUGGUGCCGCCGACUCAGAAGGUGGAAAUGAUCGAGCCCGUGUGUGGUCUCUUUACUACAAGAACUGCGUUCCAAGAUUUCCUCGCCCCAGCCUUGACCAUUUCAGCUUGUCGCAACCAGAUCUUGGUGAGCUGGCUCGGGCAGAGUCAUCACGAACACGACCAGAAACAAAUAAUGCACAAGAAUCGUUCCCAUCCAAAUUAGACUCCUUGUCCUCAAAGACUCUCCCACCACGGUUCAAGCAUUCAAGGCGUGAGAGUCGCAUAAGCAUCAUCAGCCGAGCAAGCAUUGUAUCAAGCUUCAAGAGCUUGGGACGUGAGACGGAGUACGAAGAUGGUCAAGAAGUUAUGAGCGUUGUCAGUGUAAGGAAGAGUACAUUGGAUUUGGUAGACUUUUACCAGGAACAAGAGGCCGUUGCUCGAGAGCGAGUGUUGGAUUUGACACGUAUGGGAAGCAUCACACACAACGGAGGCACUGCGAUACAUGCCUCCAAUAAUUGA